AUGUACAGACCAGCUGAGCUGAUUCUGAAGGAGGUCAAGAACGUGGACGGCGUUGACAUCAACAUCAAGCUCGAGGGCCUGGGCGGCAGUAGGCGGCGAAUCAGCGGAGGGCUGUUCAUUGAAGCGCCUCCGAGAGCGAUCUGGGACGUUCUUACCAACUACAACAACUUGCACGAGUACAUUCCGAACAUCGCAGAAUCUGGAGCUAUCCUGCAGCCCAAUGGGAGAGUUCGGAUCGAACAGGUCGGAGUGAUAUCGCCGACCCUGAGGAUAACGACGAGGAUCGUCUUGGAGGUCACAGAAGAACCAUUCCAGCGCCUCAAGUUCUCCAAGGUAGAGUCCAGGGAGUUCAUCGAGUUCGAAGGCAUCUACUCAAUCACCAGCUGCAAGGAUGGCAGGGCGUACCUCGAGUACUCCGUCGAAGCUCUCCCACUCCCCAUCCUCCCCAUCCAGCUUGUGCAGGGCAAGAUCAAGAAGGAGGUUCCUCCUAUGCUCGCAGCGGUCCGAACAAACGCAAACAAGUAUCACAGCCUUCGAUGCAAGACGCUGGGCCCGAAUUGGAUGGAUGAUGUCCCAGUUCCCACUUCCACGAGCUACAGGAAGCGGUUGUCGUCGACGAAUUCCAUCGCUGAUGAUCGACCCAAGUACACGGCACCAGGGAUCGAGAGCACCAAACUCUACACAAUUGAGCGCGCACCCUCCUUGCCCUUCACAUCCCUGGCGUCGGGAUUGCUCCAAGCGGUGCUCGGCAUGGUGAAGCUGCUACCGGGGUAA